AUAGAGAAACAGAAUAAAGUUCUGAAUUAACAUCAGUUACUUUACGAUAGACCGAUAUAAAUUCUGAAUGCAUUUAGUUUAGGUGUGAAAUACACAAGUUAAUAUAGUUAAUAUAGCACAAAAGAAAAAAAACAUAUUUCAGGCAUAUUCAGAACGAGAAUCAUUUGCUGACAAUCAAACACUGUAUUGAAGGAUCACAGUGAAGCCCAAAAUACUCUUGAAUUGUCAUUUUAAAUUUUUAUACUUUGCCACUUUCCUUCAAACCACUAGCUUUCACCCAUUUGUCACCAAGAAGUUUUUAAUCAUUUAAAAUAUAAUGAAAUUUAGUAUGAUCUCUUAUUCUUUUAUAUACUUUAUUAAAUACAGGUCAAAAUAACUGAUUCCUUUUUGCAUUAAAUAUAUCCAUUACACUAAAUGAUAAUGGGACAUUAAAACAUUUUGUUUUCACAAAAGUAAUUUAAAACAUUAAACAGACACAUUUAAUUUAGUGAAUUUUCUAUGUAAAAUCACUUUUGUACAUUUCAUUUGAUGCAGACACUACAGUUUGAUCUCUGGACUUUAACCCUAUAAAACAAACACAGUAACUGAUUUAUUUUUUAUUUGGGCAGAUCAGCUCCUCCAAUCAAUCUGCAGUUCAGUCAACAAAGCCCCGCCCACUGCAAUUCACUUAAUGAAGCUCCUCCCACAGCAGUCACAUCAUCAGUAUAGCUCCUCCCACGGCAGUUCAUCAAUAAAUGCUGGAAUAUUCCCAUCAGACGAGCACUGAAGCAUCAGGAAGAGCUGAAAACUGCAAAGAACAUGAGUGAUCCAGAACCCUGCAGAAUGAAACACACUGAAGAUACUGAAGAACAAAGAGAGCUGAUGGAAGUGAAGGAGGAGAGUGAAGAACUGAGUGAAGUGGAGGAGGAACAUCAUGACAAACCUGGAGAAAAACCUUUGAGUCGCUCAAAGACUAAAAAGACAUUUUUAAAGAAAAGAAGAGCCAAGAAAUCUACAACCUGCACUCAGUGUGGAAAGAGUUUAUCAACCAAACAACAUCUUGAGAUUCACAUGAGAGUUCAUACAGGAGAGAAGCCGUUCACAUGUGAUCAAUGUGGAGAGAGAUUCACAACCAAACAAUAUCUUGAGGUUCACAAGAGAGUUCACAGUGGAGAGAAGCCGUUCACAUGUGAUCAGUGUGGAAAGAGCUACAGUCAAUCAUCACACCUUAAAGAACACAUGAGGAUCCACACUGGAGAGAAGCCUUUCACAUGUGAUCAAUGUGGGAAGAGUUUCACACGAAAAGGACAUCUAAAGGAACACAUGAAAGUUCACACUGGAGAGAGACCGUUCACAUGUGAUCAAUGUGACAAAACAUUUCUAGGGUCAUCGGACCUGAAGAGACACCUGACAGUUCAUACAAAGGAGAAGCCACAUUCAUGUUCUGUGUGUGGAAAGAGUUUUUCACUGCUGUGUAGUUUAAAAGAACAUGAGAAAAUUCAUACUGAAAAAACUUUAAAACAGCACCAGAGAAUUCAUACUGGAGAAAAACCUUACAAGUGUUCAUACUGUGACAAGAGAUUCAGUCAGUUAGCACAUCUGAAAACACAUGAGAUGAUCCACACUGGAGAAAAACCUUACAAGUGUUCACACUGUGACAAGAGAUUCAGUCAGUUAGCACAUCUGAAAACACAUGAGAUGAUCCACACUGGAGAAAAACCUUACAAGUGUUCACACUGUGACAAAAGAUUCAAUAAGUCAUCAUCUCUGAAAACACACCAGAUGAUCCACACUGGAGAAAAACCUCACAAGUGUUCACAGUGUGACAAGAGAUUCAGUGUGUCAUCAAAUCUGAAAACACAUGAGAAGAUCCACAGCAGAGAGAAGCUGCACACCUGUGAUCAGUGUGGAAAGAGUUUCACUAUUAAAAGUCACCUGAAGAUACACAUGAAGAUCCAUGCAGUGGAGAAACCACAUCUCCACAGUGUGAAAUGAAGUGCUGAACAAAAAAAUGCACACGAGACACGUCCAGGUGCAGAAAGUGAAGUAUACCCGAGGCUUGAUGGGGGCUGUCUUUCUGCGCUCAUGGGCAAAGAAUUAUCUUUGAAAGGUUUGCACACUCAACUGUGCGCAAGAUGGAGCAGAACAUGGGAAAUGACAUAUAACCGGGCCUUAACCACUACAAAUUGUAGUGGACUGGAGCUGACAGCUCACUUUGGGAAAAAUACCCCCAAUGUCCCCCAUGUUAUUAUGUCUAGACAUGUAGUUUAACUGUUGCUGGUUGAUGCGAGAGGCAUUCUGGGAUACCUGGCUAUCACAAGUACUCUCUCGAUGCAUCCUCGAUAAAAGGCGGAUCAAGAACACAUUCUGGGAUUUGAACUGUACUUGGCUAGAUGUGAACUUUGAAUUGGAUCAGUACUCGAGCAGCAGCUGAAGACGUUUCAAAAACAGACAAGAACGCAUAUUAAAAAAUGGAUAACUAAUGAAUGAAUGAG